AUGACCCCCUCCUCAGACAAAGAGCUCAACGGGCUAGAUAACCCCAGCUUCGUGGGUGAAGAUGGGAGCCACUACCAUGCCUUUCCCGAUCUCGCUGCCCAGGGCUCAAAGGAAGGCAGGAAAGAGGACCACAGCAGCAAGCUGGCAUACACUGUCACAGAUGUACCUCCUUGGUAUCUGUGCAUCUUGCUGGGCAUUCAGCAUUUCCUGACAGCUAUGGGAGGUCUUGUGGCCAUCCCUCUGAUCCUCUCCAAAGAACUGUGCCUCCAACAUGACCUCCUCACCCAGAGCCACCUGAUCAGCACCAUCUUCUUUGUCUCAGGGAUUUGCACCCUACUGCAAGUCUUCUUUGGAGUCAGGUUGCCUAUUAUCCAAGGAGGGACUUUUGCAUUCCUGACUCCCACCCUGGCCAUGCUGUCUCUGCCCAAGUGGAAGUGCCCUGCCUGGACGCAGAAUGCCACCCGAGUGAAUGCCUCUUCACCAGAGUUCAUUGAAGUCUGGCAGACACGGAUGCGAGAGGUGCAAGGAGCUAUCAUUGUAGCUUCCUGCUUCCAAAUCUUUGUUGGAUUUUCUGGCCUGAUUGGAUUUCUCAUGAGAUUCAUUGGCCCUCUGACAAUUGCCCCAACCAUCACCUUGGUUGCGCUACCUCUCUUUGACUCGGCUGGAGAUGACGCUGGCCAACACUGGGGCAUAUCAUUCAUGACUAUUGCUUUCAUAGUUCUGUUCUCUCAGUACCUGAAAGAUGUGCCUGUGCCAUUGCUGUCUUACCAGAAAGGCAAGAAGUGCCACUUCUCCAAGAUCUACCUCUUCCAGAUCUUCCCAGUGCUGCUGGGGCUCUCCCUGAGCUGGCUGCUCUGCUAUGUGCUCACGGUGACCGACGUGCUCCCCGCGGACCCUGCAGGAUAUGGCCACCUGGCUCGGACUGACACGCGAGGGGACGUCCUGUCUCAGGCUCCCUGGUUCCGGUUCCCCUACCCAGGUCAGUGGGGAGUCCCAACCGUCAGCCUGGCUGGGAUAUUUGGCAUCAUAGCUGGGGUGAUUUCUUCCAUGCUGGAAUCGCUGGGCGAUUACUAUGCGUGCGCCCGCCUGUCGGGCGCUCCGCCACCGCCAAAGCACGCCAUCAACCGCGGGAUUGGGGUGGAAGGCAUCGGCUGCCUUCUGGCUGGUGCCUGGGGGACCGGGAAUGGCACCACCUCCUACAGCGAGAAUGUGGGCGCCCUGGGCAUCACCAAGGUAGGGAGCCGAAUGGUGAUAGUUGCUGGUGGCUGCGCCAUGCUCCUGAGCGGCCUUUUUGGGAAAGUCGGUGCUAUGUUUGCCAGCAUACCUACCCCUGUGAUUGGAGGAAUGUUCCUGGUGAUGUUUGGAGUUAUCACGGCGGUGGGAGUUUCCAAUUUGCAGUAUACAGAUAUGAACUCCUCCAGAAACAUCUUUAUCUUUGGGUUUGCUGUAUUUGCUGGCCUCACAAUUCCCACCUGGGCAAGCAAAAAUAGUGGACUGCUGGAAACAGGAAUCAUCCAGCUGGACCAAGUGAUACAAGUGCUUCUCACCACUGGCAUGUUUGUGGGUGGAUUCCUGGGGUUUCUCCUUGAUAACACCAUUCCAGGAACGCAGGAGGAACGAGGACUCUUGGCAUGGAAGCAAAGCCAGAAGGAAGAGGGGGACAACUCUCAGCUUGUUUCCAAUGUCUAUGAUCUUCCCUUUGGGAUAGGCACCAAAUACUGUGCUGUCUCUUGGUUUCAGUAUCUCCCUGCUUGCCCCAAAAGACCACCUGGAGACAAGAGAACGGAUGAACCAAAGGCUGCUGAAGAGGAAAGCAGUGCUAAGGCAAGCUUGGAAGGAGACCCUGAGAUAGGUGCCGAUACAAAGAUAUAA